UUCCUCUCGACUCCGGAUUCUGGAAGGUUCCAUAAACCCUAGAAAUUACCCUUAUAUCACUAAACCCUAAAUCUUUCUGCCUCAACAACUCGAGCUCUUGAGAGGGAAAUAUCAAGAGAGAGAGAGAGAAUGUACAGGCUUUCAAGGCGCCCCAUCUACGCUGCCCUGCGUUCUGGAAACCCUACUCCAUGGCAAUCUUCUCAUGAGUUGGUUGUGGAAAAUGAUGCCAAUCCUUCACAGCCCCAAAAUAGACGCCGGUUUUCUUUGUUAAAUACAGCAAAGACUGACUUAGGGACAAAUUCUUCUAGACAUGGUUCUGGAUAUUCUCAGUUGCAUUUCUAUUUUGGGAGACCACUCGGUGCUGUCAGAUAUGAGGCAACUGUAGCUGCAACUGAUACUUCAAAUCCCACUGCCGAAAAAUUUGAGUACCAAGCAGAGGUUAGCCGCCUCAUGGACCUGAUUGUUCAUAGUUUGUACAGUAACAAAGAAGUUUUCCUUCGGGAAUUGGUUAGCAAUGCUAGUGAUGCUCUGGAUAAACUGCGUUUUCUGAGCGUCACAGAGCCUGAACUUCUGAGGGAUGCUGUUGACUUGGAUAUCCGCAUCCAAUCGGACAAGGAUAAUGGGAUUAUUACUAUCACGGAUUCUGGAAUUGGUAUGACAAGGCAAGAACUCGUGGACUGUCUUGGAACCAUAGCACAGAGUGGGACAGCUAAGUUUUUGAAAGCACUGAAGGAUAGCAAGGAUGUUGGGUCUGACAGCAAUUUGAUUGGUCAAUUUGGGGUUGGCUUCUAUUCUGCCUUCCUAGUUUCUGAUCGAGUGGUGGUUUCAACCAAGAGUGUGAAGUCUGACAAACAAUAUGUUUGGGAGGGUGAGGCAAAUAACAGCUCAUAUACUAUCAGGGAAGAAACCGACCCUGAAAAACUACUUCAAAGAGGCACUCGCCUCACAUUGUACUUGAAGCGAGAAGACAAAGAUUUUGCACAUCCAGAAAGGAUUCAAAAUCUUGUGAAGAAUUAUUCACAGUUUGUUUGCUUCCCAAUAUAUACCUGGCAAGAAAAAGGAUUCACUAAAGAGGUAGAGGUUGAUGAAGAUCCUGCUGAAGCUAAAAAAGAGGGUGAUGAUGCCAAAACUGAGAAAAAGAAGAAAACCAAGACUGUCGUGGAGAGGUAUUGGGACUGGGAGCUCACCAAUGAGACCAAGCCGCUAUGGCUUCGCAACCCCAAAGAUGUCACAACUGAGGAGUACAAUGAAUUUUACAAGAAGACUUUCAAUGAGUACUUGGAGCCCUUGGCUUGUUCUCACUUCACUACGGAGGGGGAAGUUGAAUUUAGAUCAAUCCUUUUUGUUCCUGCCAUGACUCCAAUGGGACGAGAUGAUAUUAUUAACCCCAAGACUAGGAACAUCCGGCUGUAUGUUAAGAGGGUUUUCAUCUCAGAUGAUUUCGAUGGGGAACUGUUUCCGAGAUAUCUGAGCUUUGUGAAAGGUGUUGUGGAUUCAAAUGAUCUUCCCCUAAAUGUCUCACGUGAGAUUCUCCAAGAGAGCCGUAUUGUACGAAUCAUGAGGAAGCGAUUGGUUCGGAAGACCUUUGACAUGAUCCUGGGCAUAUCCAUGAGCGAGAAUAGAGAUGAUUAUGACAAGUUUUGGGAGAACUUUGGCAAGAAUUUGAAAUUGGGUUGCAUUGAAGACAAGGAAAACCACAAAAGGAUUGCUCCACUUCUCAGGUUCUUCUCCUCCCAGAGCGAGCAAGAGCUCAUCAGCCUGGAUGAGUAUGUUGAGAAUAUGAAGCCAGAGCAGAAGGACAUCUAUUACAUUGCUGCUGACAACCUCACAAGUGCUAAGAACACGCCUUUCCUAGAAAGACUUCUUGAAAAAGACUAUGAGGUUCUCUUUUUGGUUGAACCCAUUGAUGAGGUUGCAAUCCAAAAUCUCAAGUCAUACAAGGAGAAGAAUUUUGUGGAUAUCAGCAAGGAGGACUUGGACUUGGGUGACAAAAAUGAAGACAGAGAGAAGGAAAUGAAGCAGGAAUAUGGGAAAACAUGUGAUUGGAUUAAGAAGAGAUUGGGUGACAAGGUGGCUAGUGUUCAGAUCUCCAAUCGUUUGAGCACCUCACCUUGCGUUCUUGUGUCUGGGAAAUUUGGCUGGUCUGCUAACAUGGAAAGGCUGAUGAAGGCUCAGACGCUUGGAGACACGUCUAGUCUGGAGUACAUGAGGGGGAGGAGAGUGUUUGAAAUCAACCCAGAGCACCCAAUCAUCAAAGACUUGAACGCGGCAUGUAGCAGUAACCCAGAUAGUACUGAUGCAUUAAGGGCAAUUGAUCUCUUGUAUGACACGGCUUUGAUUUCCAGUGGCUUCACUCCUGAGAAUCCAUCAGAACUGGGGUCAAAGAUAUAUGAGAUGAUGGGCGUGGCCAUCUCAGGUAAAUGGGCAAAUCCCGUAGCUGAAGACAGACGUUCACCGAGAGUGGAGAAUGCAGAGCCUGUAGAGGCAGAGGUUGUGGAGCCUGUUAUUGAUGCUAAGGCUGAGAAGUGAGAAAUUUUUGUUUACUCUUUGCUCUAGUAGAGGUAAUAGAAUGGAAAUGCAAAUUUAUAACAAGUGUUUCUAUGUAGUAGGCCUUUCUUGUAGGACCAUGGCAAUAUAAUUUAUUAAAAUUUUGGUUGUUAAUGGCUUGCUAAAA